AACGGUAUGACCCCCAGUAGGGUUGUGACACAGUUCGAGUACAGUCGCGAAAUUUGUUCGUAUGUUUUUUUUUUUGUGUAAAUAGAAAAGUGCUCCUGGUGGUUGGUGUUGAUAAAACGGUUUGAAAAUGCUGCAAAUUACCCCCGAAACGAAGUCCCGGAAGCUUUAGCGGAACAGGCAGAACCAAAGGGCAGUGCAGAAAGAUCACACUACCAGAAGCAUUACAAACAUAAACAAACGCACACAGACAUCACACAUCACAUCUACAUUAACACAACACACACACACGCACACACCCAAUCACAACCAUGGCAACGAAUCCGAAUGACCUGGAGUUUGAAAAGAAGUACCUGGCGGACAUCGAGCGGGCCAUGGCGCUGAGCCUGGAAACGCUCGAGCUGGAAAAGAUACGGGCGAGGCAGCGCCAGAUGACGCCGGAGCUGGCGAACGAUCCGAAAGCCGUCUCGCAAACGCUCGAAGAGUACCGGGCCUAUCUGCAGCGGCGGGUCGCGUGCGGCACGGGCAAGGUGGCGGCGGCACCGGCGUCAGGUGCAGGCACAUCCGGCAGCACGCUGGAACCACCGCCCGGUCCGGGUGGUCCGGCAGUUCGGCGGCACAGUGACUCGCGCAACCCGGGCAUACAGGGGCCGCCGGCGCGCGGAAAGGACGAAGCGGACCUGAUAUCGUUCAGUGCCGUCCCGAAACCGCCCGACCCGAAGGAGGAGGCGCGCAACAAUCUGAAGGAAUUGGUGGAACAGAUGCAUCGUCUCAACACACAGGCACCACCACCACAACCGCCCGUUGGACAGUACGAGCAGGGCUUUAAGACGCAGCGCAGCCUUAGCAUGUCGGCCGCAAGCUACGGCUUCCAUCAGGCGGCCUAUCAACCGGUCGGCGUACCCGGGCAAGCCCACCUGCAGGGCCCGUACAAUGCGGCCGCAAUGCAGCUGGUACCGUACAGCAGCCAGGCGGCGAAACCGAAACCACUCACACCGGACGAGCUGCACCGGCUGUACAACAGCCCGCCGAUGUACGCGGUGGCAACGGCCGGAGGCCCAGCGGCGAUGGUAGUGCCACCGGCCUAUCCCGGCACCGUCGCGUACGGUGGCGUGCCGGCGUACGGCACGGUGCCAACGAUGGCCAACUAUGGACCGGCUCACCAAGCACCACUACCUCAACAAUCGGCCGGUGCUGCGCCCUUUGGGGUGGGUGGCACACCGGGCACUCCGCUCUAUCCAGCACUGCAACAAACCACCGGAAUGAAUGGAACCACCGGCAGUACCACCUCCACCUCCUCCUCCACGGUUGCCAAUCCGGAAACGGCCCUCGUGCACGUGCCAAAGCUGGGUGCUGCCGGGCGCUCCUACUCCCAACCGCAAGCCGUCCUGGCGAGCGCACUGAGACGCCAAGCGUCCCCGGCCAGGGGCGAGCAGCCGGCCGUCGUUAUGCGCCCGAAAAGUGAUCCAGCCAAUGGGGGUGCAGGCCCUUCGCAGCAGCAGCGGCUCGGGGCCAAGGGAACGGAUCUGAUCGAUCUCGGCUUCGAGGACAAUCCGCGCGUGUCGGUGCUGGAAGCGUUCGAUCCGCUGCUGUGCGGUAAUCGGUCGUCCAGCGGCAGCAGUGGCGAUGACGAUAAAGAUGACACGGCCUCAACCUACUACGAAGAUUACGAUCCGUUCGACUACAUCUACUCCGGCGGCACACAGUACUCCGAUCCCGUGUACGACGCCGUCGUCAAUCGCUCCCUGUCGGACAAAACGGGCACACCACUGUCACCGCCUGCGUCGCUGUACGGUGCGGUCGGUGUGCUGCCGCCACCGCCCGGUACACCCGGCGGCAGCUGUACGUACGGGUGGGUAAACGCACCGGUCGAAGCGUCCUCCAGCUCCUCCACCCAGUCACCGGUGGGCGGUGGAGAUGGGGAGCCACCGCCACUGCCACCGCGCAACUCGACCGCCGCCGCCGCCGGGUACAGCCACACGAUGCUGCGCGGCAUUCCGGCGGGCCAGGCGGACGAGCAGUCGAACUACGAGAUCAUGCAGCGGAAGCUCGCCCCGGCCAGCGGCGUGGAGCGGCGGGCUACACCGUACAAGCUGUACGAGAACGUGGUGAUUGCCAAGAGCUACGACAAGGAAUUGAUCGCUUUCUACAGCAUGGUGAAGCAGUUGAGAGCCCAAUAUCGGCACGACGAUGAAGCCACCAACGUGGGACAUAUUGUCGCAGCGGAGAUCGAGAAUCGGUACGUGGAGGGCACGAGCAUCAAGCUGUUGGUGCAUCCGGCCCUCGACUGCUUUGCCGGUGGGGAACAAACCAAGGGACAGAUCGAUGGCUACGGUCCACCGAUACCAUUUACCUGUGAUAUAACGACUACGGUUGAGCACGUGAUUGCCCAGGUGUACUGUGCGCUUGAGGGCCAGAUACGUAACACGGUGAGCGAUUACGCGCUGAAAGCGAUCGGCAUACAGGAAAUCCUGUGCGUGCGCUCGCGCCUCAACCAGCUCCAGUGCGUGCACGACAGCAUCAAGCUCGAGCACGACGUGCAGCUGGGCUUUGUGGCGAAAACGGCGCGCACGAUGCGGGUGAUCGCCCGUACCGCCCAGGACGAUGGGCGCGACGCGGACAUGCGGCUGGAGCAUCUGCUGCCGAAGGAAACGUCGCACGCGAUCGGGUACGACGAUCUGAUGAUACUGCUCGAGACGCUCGAGGCGGAAAUCGACAAGCUGCAGUCGUCGGCGGACGAUGGCCCAUCGGGCCGCACCAUACUGACCUGCUCCGGGGUGAUACAGGCGGUGAAGGCGAUCUGCAAUCUGCUCGGCCCGCUCGAUACGCUCGAGAUUGCAAAGUCGAUCGAGGAUUUGAGGGCUUGCUGCGAUCAGGGCCAGACGGUGUACAGCUACCGGGACAGUGUGGCGAGCGACGAAGCGUACAGCAACGGCAGUUUGGCGAUCGUGUCGGAGAGCGGGGACUAUGCGGAGGUGAAGCUGCGGCCGCGCACGGUCGCCGAGCAGAUCCGCUACCGGUGCAACGAGGUGCGGCACGCCAUUCAGAGCUUGCUGGAGAUUUACGCGCAAGCUUUCCGGGUGAACUUUAGCGUGAACGUGCCGGAGUACAAUGCGAACCCGAUCUCGAUCUGUAACAUCUCGCAGGCGGUGAUGGUGAACGUGUCGUGUCUGCACCGGCCCCCGCUGCACUGGCGGCACGACGAGUACAAUCUGGGCGUGCAGAUCUAUCACGGCGCGCGGUACAUUAGUGAGCCGUACGUGGUGCAGUGCUCGAACGAGCUGUCGGGGAUUUAUCCGCGGCUCACGUUCAACUCGUGGAUCAUGUUCCGCAAUCCGGUGUGUACGUUGCCGCGCGAAGCUCGGCUCGUGGUGGUACUGUACGGGUGUGUGCGGGAACCGGUCGACGGUGGUGGUACGAGCGAUGGAGGUGGAGCUUCAGGUGGAGCCAGUGGUGGCGCGUCAGGAGGAGCAGCGCCGGGUGUGAACGAUCCGGGUGGGUCAGAAGGGCGCAUGACCAAGGUGGAGCUGGGCUGGAGCUCGCUGCAGUUUUUCGACUUCGAACGUAAAAUGGUACAGGGCUCGUAUCUGCUGCCGAUGUGGCCCCCGACGACGGAUAAAUUCUUCGGACCGGCACCGUCCAAGGGCACGUACCCGAUCGGGGGCAGCUUCCCGAUACUGAGCAUCGAGAUACCGAGCUACGGUGGAGCGGUAGUGUUCCCCGAACCCAUACGCAACCUGCCCCCGGUGGUGCAGCUCGACUUUGCCAGCCUCGAUCGCAACCUGCAGCAGGAACUGAUCGAUACGGCCGAGCAGGGCUACUCGCCGGACAAGCUGGAGAAGCGCGAGGUGCUGUGGGAGAAGCGCCACUAUCUGCAUCGGUUCCCGCACGCCCUGCCGAAGAUACUGCACGCGGCCCACAGCUGGGACUAUGCCUGUCUGUCCGAUCUGCACGCGCUGAUCAAAUCCUGGACGGCGCUCAGUCCCGUGCAGGCGCUGGAGCUGCUGUUGCCGCGCUACCCGGACCUGGAGGUGCGCCGCCAGGCGGUGGAAUGGAUCGCCGCCAUGCCGAACGAUGAGUUCGUCGACUAUCUGCCCCAGCUGCUGCAGGCCCUCAAGCACGACACGUACGAAGGUUCGCCGCUAGCGAUGCUGCUGCUGCGCAAAUCGCUCGAAUCGCCCCGCAUCGCGCACCAUCUGUACUGGCUGUUGCUGCACAGCUUGCCGGGCGAAGCGCCCCAAAACAUGAUCGACGCACAGGAGACGGCCUGCGAUGCGGUGCUGAUGAAUCAGGCCCGCUACCAUCGGCGCAAUCAGCUGAUGCUGCGCGCGCUGCUAGCGAUCUGCGGCGAGAAGCUAACGGGCCGCUUCCUCUCCCAGAACAUGAUGUGCAAGCGGCUGGGCGAGGUGGCACAGAGCGUGAAGCUGGCGAAGGAUUCGCACCGGCUGCAGGUGCUGAAGCAGGGCCUGGAGUCGGUCAACCAGCUGCUGAUCGAUGGGCCGACCGUGCUGCCGCUCGAGCCGGGCGCCGAGGUGACGGGCGUGAUCGUGCGCAGCUGCAACUACUUCAACUCGAACACGCUGCCGCUGAAGAUCAACUUUGCCGGGCCGGACCGGGUAGUGGUGCCGGCCAUCUUCAAGGCCGGGGACGACCUGCAGCAGGACGCACUGACCAUCCAGAUGGUGCGCAUCAUGGACAAGAUGUGGUUGCGCGAGGGGCUCGACCUGAAGAUGGUCACGUUCAACUGUGUGCCGACCGCGUACAAGAAGGGCAUGAUCGAGCUGGUGUCCGAGUCGGAAACGCUGCGCAAGAUACAGGUCGAGUGGGGCGUGACCGGGUCGUUCAAGGACAAAUCGAUCGCGGAGUGGCUGGCGAAGCAGAACCCGAGCCAGCUCGAGUACCAGCGGGCGGUGGAGAACUUUACGCGCUCGUGCGCAGGGUACUCGGUCGCGACCUACAUACUCGGCAUUUGUGAUAGGCAUAACGAUAACAUUAUGCUCAAAACGUCCGGACAUUUGUUUCACAUCGAUUUCGGCAAGUUUCUCGGUGAUGCGCAGAUGUUCGGUAACUUUAAACGUGAUCGAACGCCAUUCGUGCUGACGUCCGACAUGGCGUAUGUGAUAAACGGUGGCGAUCGCCCAUCGGCCAAGUUCCACCAGUUCGUCGACCUGUGCUGCACCGCGUUCAACAUCGUCCGGCGGCACAGCGAUCUGCUGCUGCACAUGUUCGCGCUGAUGGCGACGUCCGGCAUACCGGGCGUCACGGUCGAGGCGGUCAACUACGUGCGCAACGCGCUGCUGCCCGGCCAGUCGAACCCGGAGGCGGCGGCCACGUUUGCGAAGAUGAUACACAUCUCGCUCAAGUCGUGGUUUACGCAGUUUAACUUCUUCCUGCACAACAUUGCGCAGAUGAAGUUUUCCGCCGAAUCGGGCGACGGCGAGCUGCUGAGCUUUAUACCGCGCGUUUACACGAUGGCCCAGGACGGACGAUUGAAGACGGUUUACGUGCACGGGUAUCAGAAGCGAUACGACCAGGAAAAGUAUUACACGUACAUUCUGCGGGUGGAGCGACAGCAUCAGCCGGACGCCGCCUAUCUAUUCCGCUCGUACAAAGAGUUUUGCGAGUUUCACCAGAAGCUCUGCAUGCACUUUCCGCUAGCCAAGCUGCAUAGCCUGCCCUCGGGCAUCCAUGUCGGGCGCUCGAACGUGAAGGUGGUCGCCGAACGUCGUCUUCCAGAGAUACGCCAGUUUCUCAUCUCGUUGUUCAACUCGGCGGAUGAAAUUGCACAUUCCGAUCUAGUUUACACCUUCUUCCAUCCGCUGUUGCGCGACCAGCAGGAAGCAGACAUCAGUUCGGCCAAGGUGAAAGGUAUACCGGCAGCGAUGGAGGACGGGCAGCCGCCCCAGGUCGGUGGAAAGAUCAAGAUUUCAAUGCAGUACCACCGGGACACGCUGAUCGUGAUGAUACACCAUGUGGUCGCGCUGCCCAACACGCCCGGUGGCCAGCCGCCCAACACGUACGUGAAGGUGUACCUUAAGCCGGACAGCUCCAAGGCGACCAAGCGCAAAACCAAAGUGGUGCGGAAGAACUGCAACCCUAGCUUUAUGGAAACGGUAAGCGGAACGUUGCCUGUCCAGCGUUAUGCAGCGAGAGUUCACCCACAAUCCCUUUUUAAUUUGCAGUUGGAAUAUCGGCUACCGCUCGAGUUUAUCCAGAAGAAGGUGCUGCAGGUGACGAUCUGGUCGCACGACUCGCUGCAGGAGAAUGCAUUCCUCGGUGGCAUUGAGCUGCCGCUUGCCGAAAUAGAUUUACGUCGCGAAACGAUACAGUGGCACCAGCUCGGGUACCUAACGCGGGUUUAAACAAACAAACAAAAAAGGGACCGGGUUCGUCGUCUCGCACUGGACCAAUGUAUCACGUAUCUAGGCGGGGGUUUCGUUUUUGCCCCCUCUUCCUUCGCACUAUCGUAUUGCUACUAUUGCUGUGCAUUUGAUUGUAAUUGCUCUUAUAUGUUUUGAUGUUGUGUUGAUGCUCAUUCGCUUAGCUUGUCACAGUAUACUCAAAAAAAGCCGGGAAAGAAAGGAGAGAAAGAGAGUAAGACUAGCGAGUCGGUAACCAGGGUUGUGAUAGCAAAUAUUAACGAGCUGUGUAGUGAGACACGACAAGGGUGAAUCAUUUGAUCGACACUCCAGCUGUAUUCUUGUUACUGGUUUAGCUUCUUGAAAGUAGGCGCCAUUACCACAACUUUACAAUCAUUUCACAAUUCGCCUUUAGAGAACAGCGCAAUGCAAUGCAAGCCUUUUCUUAUUAGAGUCUUAUCAACGCGUGAUCAGAAGCAAUAACUUUACUAAUUGUGUUUAAUUGUGUGCAUUUUUCGUCCAAAUCAAAUAGGACGAGCCUGUGUGUUAUACUGUGGGGUAGCGUUCGUUGCAAAACAAGAUAUACACGCGCGUCUAUGUAGUUUCGUGCUUUAUUUUUUGUUGCUGUGCUUGCAAUUUACCGCGCCUCGUUCACGUGUGCUCGGGCGUGGUGAUCCAUUAACAAGAGGAUAUUUUAUUUAUUAUUGUAUACUUGCACCUCGAACGAGCGAAACAUGGGCUCGAAACGAAACACUCGCACCGUGGGUGUGUGCGUGUGUCCGUGACCUGAUGUUGAAUUCGUAUCGAAGAAAGAAGAUAAAUGGAGAGAAAAUAUAUCUAUACUAAAUCGAAAA